AUGAAAGCCGUCAGCCCUGUCCGACAUCCCAGCCGCAAGACGCAGCCCGGCGUGGCGGGCGGCGGCGGCGGCGGGGGAUACCCAGCCCUGCGGUGCCUGGCCGAGCACAGCGGCUGCAAGGGGGGCCCGCCGUCGGGCGAGGAGCCGGCGGCGCUCUGCCUGCAGUGCGAUAUGAAUGACUGUUACAGCCGGCUGAGGAAGCUGGUGCCCACCAUCCCGCCCAACAAGAGGGUCAGCAAAGUGGAGAUCCUGCAGCAUGUUAUCGACUACAUCCUCGACCUGCAGCUUGCUCUGGAGACGCACCCGGCGCUGCUCCGGCAGCAGCAGCAGCCAGCCGCGCUGCAUCCAGGCAGCUGUCCCGCGGGCACCCCCAGGACUCCGCUGACAGCUCUCAACACUGACCCGGCUGGCUCUGUUAACAAGCCGGGCGACAGCAUCCUCUGCCGCUGA